AUGCAUCGAUCAAUCCUUCUUUCUCUCGCGGCAUCCGCCGCCGCCGCGCCUCUGGCCAAGCGCUCCGGGACCGUCUACGGCUUCGACGUCUCCGACUACCAGCCCAACGUCAACAUGCAAGCCGCGUACAACUCCGGCCUGCGCUUCGUCUUUAUCAAAGCGACGCAAGGCACCGACUACAUCAGCCCCAGCUUCAACAGCCAGUACACCGACGCGACCAACGCCGGCUUCAUCCGCGGAGGCUACCACUACGCCGACGGCACCGGCGACGGCUCGCAGGAAGCCGACUACUUCCUCGCGCACGGCGGCGGCUGGUCCGACGACGGCAUCACCCUCCCAGGCAUGCUCGAUUUGGAGGCCGACUGCAAAUCCGUCUCGUGGAUCCAGACCUUCUCCGACACCUACCACAGCCGCACCGGCGUCUACCCCAUCCUGUACUCCAGCCCUUCGUGGUGGGAGCAGUGCACCGGUAACUCGGAUGCGUUUGUCAACACUAAUCCUUUAUUCAUGGCUUGCUACAACUCCGAGCCAUGCACUCCUCAAGGCGACUGGCCUUACUACACCUUCUGGCAGUACAACGACGAUAACGCCAACGGCGGCGACUCGGACCAGUUCAAUGGAGACUACGCCCAGCUCCAGGCGAUCGCCCGGGGUUAG